UAACAGCGAGAAGCUCAUCGCUGCAGAGCCGCUGCUCUUAAACUCCACGAGUUCAGCAUCGACGCGUGUGGAAACUCGACUUUAAAAUUAAACAUUUAAAGCGUUUUAAGUGUCGGAAUGGAGGUGAUCGAGUCCGUAGUCACGGAAAACACCGAGGGCGGAAAUUCAGCCAACACAGUUUCAACGCUGGACACCGAAAAGUCCAAAACAGAGUUUGUGUGGACGUUACAGGCCACGUGGCAUUUGGUCCACGUUCGUCUGGACAUGGAGUCGGAGUUCGAUCAGCCGCUGUGUAAGAAGAAGAGGCUGUGGGAGCACGUGGCCGAGCGAGUGACUGCGAGGUUAAGAGCCGAUGGCUACACAGACAUCCCGGCCCGAGCCUUCGAAUGCGACCUGAAGUGGAGGAACAUGUUGGCAACAUACAGGAAGAACGUAGAACGUGCUCGGUGUCUCGGCACGCAUGCUGUGCACUGGGAGUUCUUCAGGGCCAUGCAUGAGGUUCUCGGCCGCAGCUAUGAGGAGAUCGAGGCUCGGCGCAAAGCCAAGCUGAACAACACCAAGCUGGGGAAGGCGAUGGCGAGUAAACGCUACACGCCCAUUCUGCCCACGCCCACCCUCAUGACCCCCACUUCCAGCCACACCCCUGCCCACCCUCCCCGGGACGUUCUGCAGCUGUACCUGGAGCUCCAGGAGCGCAAGCUGAACAUGUGGGCUCAGCAGAAAGCACUAGAGGAGAGGAAGAUUGAAGCCAUCAACAACCUGGCACGUGCCAUCAGCAGCCUGGCGCAGGACACAGCGACCACACCCCAAAACGACACCGUCUCGGACUCCCUCACUUCCCUUUCCUCACAGCAUUAAAGACUUGAACUGGGUUUUCUUUUUGUAAUCAUGACUCUGAUCCUCAUCUCCAGUAUUUUACUUCCUCAUUCAGCUGGUGUGUGAGAGAGAGAGAAAUAUAAAUUAGUGAAAUAU